CGACUCAACACACGCGUCGAGGACACUGUCUUGAAAGGAAAACAAUGAUGACCGGCGACGUUUCGGGGCAAUGGCAAGUGCUCUCCAACUUAAGAUAUAUCUGCGCGCGUGCCUGCGCGGGCGUGAGAUGGACGCGGGCGAGCGGAGUGGCGGCGCCGCGACGCCCGGGCGCUCGGCCACAGAGUUCCAGCGGGUCGACGGGGCGGUGGUGGCGGCGGCGGCGGCGGCGGCGGACGGGGACCCCAGACAACUCGAGCGGGAGUUCCCCGAGCGCACGGGCAACGACGACAAGCAAGGGAAGAAAGUGUACAUCCCCAGCUACCUCCUGGAGGGGCAGCCGUGCGCUGUGUGUGGUGACAAGGCCACGGGGUACCACUACCACUGCAUCACCUGCGAGGGAUGCAAGGGCUUCUUCCGCCGAACCAUCCAGAAGAGCCUGCACGUCAUGUACGUGUGCAAGUUCUCCGAGACCUGCACCAUCGACCGCAUCAACCGCAACCAGUGCCAGGAGUGCCGCUUCAAGAAGUGUCUGGCUGUCGGCAUGGUCACCGACUUGGUGCUGGACGACCGCAAGCGCGUGGCCAAGCGUCGUCUCAUCGAGGAAAACCGGGAGCGGCGACGGCAGCAGCAGCAGCAGCUGGCGCAGAGGGAGUCGUCGACGAUGAGCGGCGACGCGUGGGGAGUGCCCAGCCCUGAGGAGUGGGCGCUCGUCCAGAAUGUUACCGAGGCGCACACCUCCUCCAACGCUCAGGGCGGAGACUGGAGGCACAAGAGAAAGUUCCUGCCUGACGGGGUAGGCCGGCCCUCGGCACAGAAUGGAGAGAUGGUGGACUUGGCCGCAUUCAGCCUCUUCACCAGCAUCAUCACCCCGGCCAUCACCAGAGUGGUCGACUUUGCCAAGAAGCUCACGGGAUUCCUGGAGCUGCCGUGCGAAGAUCAGAUCAUCUUGCUCAAGGGCUGCUGCAUGGAGAUCAUGUCGCUGCGCGCUGCCGUUCGCUACGACGCCGACAGCGACACGCUCACGCUCAACGGGGAGGUGUCCGUCAGGAGCCAGCAGCUGAAACACGGCGGCCUGGGAGACAUCUCCGAUUCGAUAUUCGAGCUGGGGAGGUCUCUCGUCAGCUUUGAGCUCGACGACACCGAGGUGGCUCUGUUGCAGGCCGUGCUGCUCAUGUCUUCAGACCGCGCCGGCCUGUCCAGGCCAGACAAGGUGGACUGGAUGCAGGAGCGGUACCUGCUGGCCUUCGAGCGCUACGUGCGGCGGCGCAAGCACGGCAUGCCCUUCUUCUGGCCCAAGCUGCUCAUGAAGGUGACCGACCUGCGCCUCAUCAGCGCCAGCCACACGGACCGCUUCCUCAAGAUGAAGGUGGAAUGCCCCAGCGAGCUCUUCCCUCCGCUCUUCCUGGAGGUGUUCGAGGACUAGUGCGGCGAGGCGAGGGGGGGGGGGUUGGCGCACGCGCGUGCAUGGACAAGCUCGUCUUAGACUGCCGCGUGGGUCAACGUGGCGACGCCAAGUCGGGUUGCCACCUGUCCUGCUUUUCCCAGGAACCUCUCUUUGAAGUGGCUGCCAUCCUGGGAAUUCUGUAAGUCUUCCCAGAACAUUAAAAAUCCUGGCUUUUGUUGUCAGUGCGUACUAAUAAACCACUUAAGACAAUGCAUUUACAUGUAGUUCUCAACUCUUCUGGUAUUGUCAGAUAUUCUUCUGCUUGUCAUGACAUGUCCUGGUUUUUGUACCUCAGAAGUGGCAACCCUAACACCAGGACAGCAGGACAGUCUUCGGCUGCCUAGUUGGGGCAGCACUAAAGAGAGGAGGAAUUCGACAGAGAUUGGUUUGUAUGGCGGGUUCUGUUGCAAACAAAUGUUGUGACAGCAAUGGACCGUCUAUUUUUAAUGCACUGAAAAUGUCAAUAUUUGACGUCAAUUUGUAAAUGCUCCAAUGCUAUAUUUUUGGGGGGGAAAGUGCGGUAUCGUGAGUGUAAAUAUAUAGUUUCUCAAAAAGCACUAAAAUAUGCGUAAGGUAUAUAUUUUUAAUGAAAUUUGAGUACACUAGGUAUGUUACGAAUACCGUAUGACCAAUACCUAUGUUGUAUUAAAGAUGAUGCCAACAUUUUACUCAGGUAUACGAGAGGCAAACACUUUAUCUGUAUAAAAAAAAUCGAAUAAAUCUGAAUGCUUUGCAUGUUCAGUUUUUACCAAACUUUUGCACCCAAUAAAUCUGUUCUUUAUUAAAUAAAACGGAAACGUGAAAUAAAAUCGGUAUACUGUA